AUGCCUCUGCGCGCCAAGGUGACCAACCCUGCCUUUCGGGCGACAGCUUCGAUAUCCACAUCCCCUGAUAUCCCCAAGGAACUCCCCGGUGACGAGCCCGACGAUGUUCUGUUCAACUCUAUUUACGGUCUCCGCAGCGUCGAGCUCAACCGUCCCAAGAAGCUUAACUCUCUCAAUGGCUCUAUGGCCCGCAAAAUCUUCCCUCGCCUGAAGGAGUGGGAAAAGUCUCAGAUCGCAAACAUUAUCCUCAUUUCGGGCGCCGGACCCAAGGCGCUCUGCGCAGGAGGCGAUGUCGCCGCUCUUGCGCUUCAGAAUGAGCAGGGACCGGAGGGACAACAAGCGUCGACAGAUUUCUUUGGUCUCGAAUUCCGCCUCGAUCACACGAUUGCUACAUACUCGAAGCCCGUCAUCUCUUUCAUGGACGGAAUCACCAUGGGCGGCGGUGUCGGUCUCAGCAUGCACGCCCCCUUCCGAAUUGCUACCGAGCGUACCGUUUUUGCUAUGCCCGAGACAACCAUUGGCUACUUCCCCGACGUGGGUGGCUCGUUCUUCCUGCCGCGACUGGAUGGUGAAACGGGCACCUACCUGGCCCUGACCUCUGAGCGCCUGAACGGUGUCCAGGCUCUGUAUGCCGGAAUUGCGACACACUACCUGCACUCCAGCGUCCUGAGCAAUGUUACCCAGCGUCUUUCCGAGCUCGUCUUCCCUGACCACGUUGGUCUCCCCGAGCGACUGCACACCGUGAACAAGACCAUGGCCGAAUUCUCUCUCGGUCUUCCCUCUUUGCAGGAGGAGCCCAUCCUUCUGGCCGGCGAGCUCCGCAAGGCCAUUGACCGUUGCUUCCAGUUCAACAGCGUGGAGGAGAUCUUCACCGCGCUAGAGAACGAGACUGAGCAGAAGGAGUGGGCCCAGAAGACCCUGAAGACCCUCUCUAGCCGCUCUCCGACUUCUCUGAAGGUUACUCUGCGCCAGAUGCGUCUGGGCAAGAAAUGGAGUAUCUCCGAGACCUUCCAGCGUGAGUACCAGGUUGCCGCAAACUUCAUGCGCCACCCCGACUUCGUGGAGGGCGUGAAGGCCCGCCUGAUGUCCAAGCCCCCUCGCCAGGCUGAGUGGCAGCCCGCCACUCUGGGAGAGGUGUCGAACGAGGCCGUCGAGGCCUUCUUCUCCAUUCCCGAAGACCAGGCCCGCCUGCACCUAGAGAGUGGAAACGACUACAGGAGUUACCCUCACGAGCAGCUUGCUCUGCCCUCCGAGCGCGAGAUUGAGAAGUUCGUCCGCAACCACGGCACCUCCGUUCCCCAGGUUGUCAACGAGUUCGACCAGCGAUGGAACCAGAAGGAGGGUGUGCGCGAGAAGGUGCUUGAGGUGCUGAGCCGCCGUUCGAAGAGGACUGAGAAGGGCAUUGAGUGGGUGUAA